AUGAAGGACGGACAUCUUCGUCACCAGGACGCCUGGACAGCCGUCGCAGUGCAUCGACCCAAUCUGGCUCCCUCCACUGCACAUCAUCAUUACCUCACGCGGCCGAAAUGGUCGACCUCCUCACAAGAUCCCAGCGUAGACGACGCAUGUCAGAGCCCAAAGCGCGGCAUCCCCGUCUUCAGAAACGAGCAUCGACCCAGCCUGGCCUCGGUAUCAACGGCUGAACGGCCCUUGCUACGAUCAUCAACCACAAACUCCCUCGCCUCGACAUUCCCGCCACAACCAGCCCCAGAGCCCCAACGCCCUUUCACAGACAAAUAUGGCCGCUGUCUCGAGAUCCUGCACUACGGCACCAACAGCACCGUCCGUCUCCACCAAACCAAACUGUCACCCUACGGGGUAAAAUCAAAACAACUCUUCGCUAUCAAAGUCUACCGCUACCACAAUACCAUCGUCGACAAUCCCACCCCGCUCACCCGCGCAUCAACCUGCUCCCCAUCUGCCAUCGCCAAUAUACACCCUCACCACCCAAACAUCCUCCCCAUCACAGACCUGCUCUACAACGAACGCAGCGAACUCUGCCUGGUCAUGCCCUUCUGCGCAGGGGGCGACCUACACGAACUCCUCUCCCGUUCAGGACCUCUCUCCACCCCAGAAGCAGACUGCAUAACCGCGCAGAUCCUCCGAGCACUAUCCUUCCUGCACGAGCACGGCACCGCCCACCGCGAUAUCAGGCUGGAAACCGUGCUCCUCACAGCACACGGUGCCGUGAAACUCGCCGGCUUUGGAGACGGACACAUCCGUCGUGUCUGGAAUGAAUGUGCCAUCGCCCCGACACCCACCGAUACUGACGCUGAAUUGGACGCGCAUCCCCAUUCCACCCGCUCCUGGUCCUUCUCUCUUCCCUGGAUCCUGGCCCCAUUCAGCCAUGCCAGUCCCGCGAAGGGAAAUACCGGGGACACGGUGAAUUCCACCACCUCCUUCCCCGGUAUGAGUCUGCCGUAUAUCCCGCCCGAGGGAUUCGGGUAUCGCCCGCGUCGACGCUCGUGGCGAGAUACCAUCGAGUGUGACGAGGACGACGAGGAGGAGGAUGAUGAUGAUCAGGGGGUGCGGGAUCCGCGGCCGGCGGAUGUUUGGGCAACGGCGAUUAUUUAUUUAGCUCUUAUUACGGGGCGGUUGUUGUGGAGGUGUGCACGGCCGCAUCGGGAGGAUGCGAAGUAUCUGGAGUAUUUGCAGUGUCGGCUUGGCGAGGAUGGGUAUCCGCCUAUUGAGGCGUUGGGGAAUCAGAUCCCUUUGAUUGAGUCUGAGUCUGAGUCUCGACUUGACGAAUGCAAGGAUGAGAACUUAUCACUGAUGAAUUGGGUAUUACAGAGACGCCGCAAUGCCACCUAUGCAAUGCUACACCCCAACUCGCGGAAACGCAUUACGACAAAGGAUAUGCUGCGGUCGGAAUGGAUGCAGAGUGUAUCGAUUUGUGAGGCCGGCGAAAAGGGGUAUUGA